AACUGCCAAAAUCACGGUGUUCUGGCAAAAAAUUCAUUUCAGUCAUCGCGAGGCUUCCCGAUGAUAAACGAGACGCCAUUAUAGAAAUGGGAUUUGGAGGACUUCUACACUUGGCUUGUCGAGAACUACGCUACGAGUUGUGUUCUUGGAUAAUUUCUAAUUAUGACACUGCCUACCAUCAACUGAAUAUGGCUACCGGCGUUGUUGUCCUGGUAACAACACAAGAUGUCGGCAAUAUUAUGGGCAUCCCAUGUAGUGGUGAGGAGAUUGUGGUGCAUACUAGGAGAGGCACCUCUAAUCGCACCUACACCAUAAGUCUAUUGGAGCAAAAUCUAGAGAACUUGGCCAUUGGUGAUGACUUUAGGAAGACUUUCUUGAUUUUUGCAUGUGCCACCCUACUUGCACCUAACUCCAAGCUUGAAGGAAUACAUGACCUAUGGGACACCAUAUGGGACGGUGACGUUGGUGUCCAAAAGAAUUGGUCAAAAUUUGUCCUACAUUACAUAGAGGACGGAAUCAGAGAAUACCAGAAAAACCAGCCAACUUACAUACGCGGCUGCCGUAUUUUUCUCCAGCUCUUCUACAUGACAAAAUUUUAUUUGCCAUCCGUCACGGUUGAUGUCACUAUGCCAUUACUUGCUGCAUGGAGUGAUGACCUAAUCAAAAGACGGUUAUCAGCUAAAAUUGCCACAUUUGGUGGUUAUGGUCAUGUCCAUACUCAACAACUACCAGAAUCUGCUGCCCACUCCCAUGCACAGGCAGUAGGUGGGCAGUCCUCGGCUUCUGAUGAUGCUACUGAGGUAAUUCAAGCACGUAUGGUAGAAAACUCAGAAAAAUCGUUGAGAUUAGCCUCUUCAUUAGCUAAAGAUGUUGCUGAAUUGCGUUCCCGUCAGUUUGGGUCGCAAUACCGAUGUUCAGCUACUCCAACCCAGCCUUCAGCCCAAGUCCAAGAUGAACCAGCUCCUACGACAGGCGACAUUCAGCUUUCAACUGAAGAAUUUGUUGAACAACCCAGCCUACCAUCAGCACCGCAUUCUCCAACUGAAAGACAUGAAUCUUUAUUUGACCAUGGACCCUCAUCGCUACACCAAGAAUCUCAUGACCAAUCCUAUCCUUACCCACACUUGGAAAGUGUAGAAGAUGUCCAAAAUGUUGGCACAAUAGCUACUCACAGCCAUUUAGACAUACCAACCUCAAGUCACAAAUAUAAACGGACGGGUAGGCGGAUUGUGAAAAGGCCUGCCAUUUGUAAAUCUCCAUUUGUUGCACAAUGCCUUAAACUGUUCCCAAAAAUAUCACAUAAGGAUAGGUUGGUAGCUGAUUUUGCUUUGGACGAAGAUGCUGAUCCAAGCGAGGUUGUAUGUGAUAUGCACGGACUGUUUAUUACGAGGGCCGAGCUCGCUUCUCUUAAUGGAGGUCGAUGGGUGAACAACAUUAUUAUUGGUGUUAUGUCUCGCAUGUUGAAUGCUAACCAACCACAUCCACGACGCUGUCACUACUUCGAUCCUUCAUUUUCGGUUGUUCUUGCUAGUCUUUUACCGAAAGCCAGAAAAGAAGAAAUACUUGACAGAUCACGCAUGUUUCUUCAAGCUGACAUAGUGGGACACGAUGUAGCGUCCUGUGAAAUGUUGUUCAUUCCCGUAUGUCAGAAUAACCAUUGGCACCUUCAUGUGCUGAACAUUCCGGCUGGCCGUAUCGAGAUCCUUUCUAGUCUGCCACUAUGAAGAGGGAACUACAUUAGUGCUUCCACUAGGCGAUUGCCAAUGGCUUUGGAGAGAGCAUUGCAUGCACAUGGAAUUCAUGUGAAUGUGGAGGUUUCAAAAUUGGUCCAUGUACAGCCAGAUCUAGUGCAACAAAAAAAUGGGUAUGACUGUGGUAUUUUUGCACUCAAGUACAUGGAAUAUUGGAAUGGGGCUACCUUAACACAAGCAGUUGCAGAGGAGAAAAUGCAUGUUUACAGGUUGCAAAUGGUUGUGACAUUGCUCCUUAAUGAAGCCAACAAUGUUAGGGGAAAUAUUAUACAGGCAUGUGGAUUGUGAGAGGUUAUCGGACCGGAAAAUGUCAAAAUAAGGUAGAGAACGAAGAAAAUUCGGGAGAUGGGGUAGAAAAUGAUGGAGAUGGAUAAAUGAAUGCAGAAACUGGAGAAACACAACCUCAAAGUGCUGAAAAAAUGAGGCACAACAGGCAGUGUUUGACGAGAGGACAUGAUAUUAAAUUACACUGAAAUGACGAUGAGAAAAAUGCCAGGACAAAUUCGGUUAAUAUACAAUUGGAAAGUAUUAAUUUUGGCUUCUAACCAUUUGUAUGCCAUAUGUAGUAAACAGAUAUGUUUUAACUUCAUUGUGUCUGUAUUUGAUGAAUGGUAUGUGGGCCGCUGCAUAAGCCAUUUGUUUGAAGAAUUACAGUCCAUGGAUGCUAACAAUGUGGCUAAUCAGAAACUUUUGUUUCAUUAGAUUGACUGAAAUUGAAUUGUUAAUUAACUUGAGUAGGA